UCAGUUUUUUUAAUUCAGAUCGCAAUAUGAUGACGUCACAUUGUCCUAUCAGCCAUUAUGAUCUAUAAAAUCAUAUCUACAACUUACGUGCUUUCAGAAUAUAUAGUAAAAAUUGGGGGUCUCCGAUCAUCCUAAGGAUUGAACCGAUUGAAAAUAGGCAUGAUUUUGGCCUAUUUCGACAAAAGUCGACAAAAGCGCGCACAUGGAUUCGUAUCUUUUAUGAGCGCGUACAGCAUUGCUAUUGACCCUAAAUGACCGAAAAAGAUUGGAAAUUUGUGAAUACAGUGUCAGGAACCUAAAACAUGUAAAAAACUGAUAAUUCCAGCUUCUGAACGUGCGCGCGGGACAAAAAAAUACGAAAUGCUCAAAAUGACCUAAAAUAUGCUCUAAUUUAGUCAAAAAGAGAUUUUGAGCAUUUUUAAAUUUUGACAAGCGCGUACGCACGUACUUUUCUGUGGAUGCGCAGACGGUAAUGGUGCAGGAAGUUGACACUUGAUGUGAAGUAUACUUGUGUCAAGUUUCAUUGAAAAUACCUGUUAGUAAAGAAAUUAUGGUCAAUGAUAGAAUUUCACAAAAUGGCGCAUCAGGUGCACAACUUCAGAUGUAGAUCUAUAUGCUACGGACGUAGCAAAGAUCAAGCAUGUGCCGUUUUUGAGAAAAUCGACCAACAAAAAAGGUGGGAAAGAAUAAAAAAAGAAACUAGAUUUGAACUCGUCACUUUUGGACAAGUUUGGUGAUCCGCUUGUCCGGCAAAAGAAAUCUCGCAGUGCUUAAAAUUUAUAUAUUUAAAAAUACUGUAGCCAGGAUUUUCAAACUGAAAUGUUGACGUGUACUUAGGAAAAUAGUAGGCAUUUUUCGUUUUGACUACGCGGCCAAUCUACUACGCACUAAUGGGACGUGACGGCAACGCCAAAAUACUGUUCGUGUACUCCUCCAAAAUUUGUUUACAUUUUUAGGUGGCGCCUACGGCAUGACGACACAGCAGACGUACGUACGACCAUGGCUAACCUUCAUAGAACUGUUGAUAAUCUUGCCUUAUGCUACUCAUUAGAAUUCAUGUUGCUGUCUGAAAUUAACAGACCGACAAACGCAGACCUUGAAUGGUGGAAGUACGACAAGUUUAAGCUGGAAACAUUAAAUAACGAUGAAUGUAAUGCUUACUUCAGGUUCUUCAAAGAGGAUAUUCACCAUUUGAAAGAUGUGUUUCACAUUCCAGAUCAAGUUAAAUGUAGAAACAACUCGAAAAUUGAAGGAAUUGAAGCAUUCUGUAUAAUGUUACAACAAUAUGCAUAUCCUUGUCGAUAUAUUGACGUGAUUAAAACUUUUGCUAGGCCCGUACCCCAGCUUUGUUUAAUAACUGGUCAGAUGACAAACCACAUAUACAAUAUGUUUGGUAGACUUCUAACAGACCUUGAUCAACCAUGGCUUUCACCAGUCAAUCUUGAAAAGUAUACCCAAGCAGUGUUUGAAAAGGGAGCUCCCCUUAUAAAUUGCUGGGGCUUCAUUGAUGGAACCGUUAGGCCAGUGUGCAGGCCUCAAGAAAAUCAACAGGUUCUGUUUGAUGGUCAUAAAAGGCUACAUUCUAUAAAGUUUCAGUCUCUGGUGGCAGCAAACGGCAUGAUUGCCAACAUGCACGGUCCUAUCGAAGGGAGACGGCAUGACAGUUUUAUGCUGCGGGAGUCAGGCUUACUGGAUCAAUUGGAGCAAAUGUCUGUUGAUACAAACAAUGAAAUCAUGUGUAUUUACGGUGACCCAGCAUAUCCUAUAAGACCUCAACUUCAAGCACCAUUUAAAGGCAACCUAUCACCAAUAGAACCGGACUACAAUAUGGCAAUGAGUGAAAUGCAUGUUUCUGUGGAAUGGUUAUUUGCGGACAUAUUAAAUUUUUUUUAAAUCACAAAAAGUUGGAAUGAGUGCUGUGGGGAAAAUGUAUCUU